AAGGGGGUGCGCGCGAGAAGGCAACAGGCUGCACCUCCGCGCGCGCGACACCCCAGUCCACGGCGCAAAGACUCGACCGCAAGCCGGCUUCCUUUGCACACUAUGGCGGAACCACGAACGUGUCUCUGGGAGCUUUCCCAAGGUACCCCCAAUGUUCAACCAGCCCCCCGGAGCUUGAACCAGGUUGGGUAG